UAGUCGCAACCGGUCCGGGCCGAGCGGACCUCCUGGUGCGAGAUAAUCGGCCCCUGAUGUGACUUAAUGAGGCGGACAUGUCCGGGAACAAACUCAGACGCUCUCCUCUCCGAGGCGACAGGUGUGCGUCAGGUGAGCCCCGGGACGAGGCGGACGAGGCGGUGUCCCAGCAGCAGCAGCAGCAGCGCACUUAUAACCGGGGAGCACACCGCCAUGGAGCCCAGCCAGAGCGCGCAGGCGGCGGACAUGGCAGGCGAGCACUCGGCCGGCAUGUGCGUGCUGCUGGAGAGGGACCGGGACAGGGCCGAGCUGUGCAGCCCCAGUCCCCCGGCCAAGCAGCGCUCCUUGCGGGUCGUAUACGUGCUGAACGACGGGCUGAAGGCGGUGAUGGCCAGCAGCCCGGAGUCCGGGGCGCUGCAGUGCCUCCAGCGGGCUUGUGACGCGGAAAGUGCCCUGCUGACCACCGUCACAUUCGGGAGGCUCGACUUCGGAGAGACCUCCGUGUUGGACAGCUUCUACGACGCAGACAUCGCGGUGGUGGACAUGAGCGACGUCUUCCGCCAGCCCUCCCUCUUCUACCACCUGGGCGUGCGGGAGAGCUUCGACAUGGCCAACAACGUCAUCUUGUACCACGACACCGACCCCGACACGGCGCAGUCCCUGAAGGACAUGGUCGCUCAGAAAAACACAGCCUCCAGCGGCAACUACUACUUCAUCCCCUACAUCGUCACCCCCAACCAUGAGUACACGUGCUGCGAGAGCGACGCCCAGCGAAGGGCCAGCGAGUACAUGCAGCCCAGCUGGGACAACCUCCUGGGUCCUCUGUGCGUGCCCCUGAUGGACCGCUUCACCAGCCUGCUGAAGGACAUCCAUGUCACGUCCUGUGCCUCCUUCAAGGACACCCUGCUGAACGACAUCAGGAAGGCCAGGGAGAAGUAUCAGGGCGAGGAGCUGGCGAAGGAGCUCUCCCGUAUUAAGCUGCGCAUCGACAACACAGAGGUCCUCACGCAGGACAUCGUCAUGAACCUGCUCUUCUCGUACAGAGACAUCCAGGACUACGAUGCCAUGGUGAAACUGGUGCAGACCUUGGAGAUGCUGCCUACUUGUGACCUGGCAACCCAGCCCAUGAUCCAGUUCCACUACGCCUUUGCGCUAAACAGGAGGAACAGUCCUGGCGACAGAGAGCAAGCUCUCCGGGUGAUGCUGCAGGUCCUGCAGUCCUGCGAGCAUCCGGCGCCCGAUAUGUUCUGUCUGUGCGGACGAAUCUACAAGGACAUCUUUCUCGACUCGGACUGCAAAGACACCAAGAACAGGGACAAUGCCAUACAGUGGUACAGGAAGGGCUUUGAGCUGCAGCCUACACUCUACUCUGGCAUCAACCUGGCGGUUCUCCUCAUAGUUGCCGGUCAACAGUUUGAGAGCUCCAUGGAACUCAGGAAAAUUGGUGUUCGCCUUAACAGUUUGUUGGGGCGCAAAGGUUCCCUGGAGAAAAUGAACAACUACUGGGACGUGGGACAGUUCUUCACCGUUAGCAUGCUGGCUAACGACAUUCCGAAGGCCACUCAGGCUGCCGAGAAGCUCUUCAAGCUGAAGCCACCUCUCUGGUACCUGCGCUCGGUGGUGCAGAACCUGCAGCUGAUCCAGAGGUUCAAGAAGCAGACGGUGGAACAUUCCCCCCAGAGGGACCGACUCAACUUCUGGAUGGACAUCAUCGUGGAGGCCACGCAGGGCACCACCAACCGACUGCGUUUUCCCGUGCUGAUUCUGGAACCCACUAAAGUCUACCAACCGUCGUACGUGUCCAUCAACAACGAGGCCGAAGAGAAGAACGUCUCAAUUUGGCACGUUUCGCCCCCUGAAACGAAAGGCAUCCACGAGUGGAACUUUACGGCUAUGUCCAUCAAAGGCAUCAGUAUCAGCAAAUUCGACGAGCGCUGCUGCUUCCUCUACGUCCACGACAACUCGGACGACUUCCAGAUUUACUUCUCUACGGAGGAGCAGUGUGCACGGUUCUGCUCCAUGGUGAAGGAGAUGAUAUCGGACGGGACCGGGAACGCCGUGGAGCUGGAAGGCGAAGGCGACGGAGACACAUUGGAGUACGAGUACGACACUGAUGAGACGAGCGAACGGGUGGUGCUGGGGCGAGGUACCUAUGGAGUGGUGUACGCUGGGAGGGACCUCAGCAACCAGGUCCGAAUUGCUAUCAAGGAGAUCCCAGAGAGGGACAGCAGGUAUUCACAACCUCUUCACGAAGAGAUCGCCCUCCACAAAUACCUCAAGCACAGGAACAUUGUCCAGUAUUUGGGCUCGGUUUCGGAGAACGGAUAUAUCAAGAUCUUUAUGGAGCAAGUUCCCGGAGGGAGCUUGUCGGCCUUGCUGCGCUCCAAAUGGGGUCCCCUGAAGGAGGCCACCAUCAUCUUCUACACCCGACAGAUCCUGGAGGGGCUGCGCUACCUGCACGAAAACCAGAUUGUGCACCGGGACAUAAAGGGCGACAACGUGCUGGUCAACACCUACAGCGGCGUCUUGAAGAUUUCAGACUUUGGUACCUCCAAGCGGCUGGCUGGAGUCAACCCCUGCACAGAGACCUUCACUGGCACUUUGCAGUACAUGGCUCCGGAAAUUAUCGAUAAAGGUCCCAGAGGCUACGGGGCCCCAGCAGACAUCUGGUCCCUGGGGUGCACAAUCAUAGAAAUGGCCACCGGAAAGCCUCCCUUCCAUGAGCUGGGGGAGCCUCAAGCCGCCAUGUUUAAGGUGGGGAUGUUUAAGAUCCACCCUGAGAUCCCCGAGUCUUUGUCGCUGGAGGCCAAGUCGUUCAUCUUGCGCUGCUUUGAACCGGACCCUCACAAACGAGCCCUGGCCUCCGACCUGCUCAAAGACACGUUUGUCAAGCAGAACACCAAGGGCAAGAAGAGCAAGAUCGCCUUCAAACCGUCAGACUACAUCCACGUUUCCCUGCCGGUGCAGUUGCAGUGCGAGGCCACCGGGAGCAGCAGCAGCGAACAGGGCUCCAUGAGCCCCGACUGCGACUCCAAACACGACGUCUUCUUCCAGAAAAAGAAAAGCUCUGGCUCAGAGAAUCUGCUCAAACCGCCCAACUCCAACUACCUGAGCGUGCCAGAUGAAGGCUCCGUGUCGGAGGACCGCAAUGUCCCGCCCUCAGCAGAGGACAGAGACGGAGGGCUUUUCUUACUGAAGAAGGACAGCGAGAGGCGGGCCAUUCUGUUCAAGGUCCUCAACGAGGACCAGGAAAAGGUCAUCUCUAACCUGAAGGAGAACUACAUCCAGGGCAGCGAGGAGCUCCAGCUGUCCGUGGAGCACAUCAAGCAGAUCAUCUGCAUCCUCCGAGACUUCAUUCAUUCCCCGGAGAGGCGCGUCAUGGCGGCCACCAUCUCCAAGCUCAAGCUGGACCUAGACUUUGACUCCACUUCCAUCAACCAGAUCCAGCUGGUGCUCUUCGGCUUCCAGGACUCGGUAAACAAGGUGCUCAGAAACCAUCACAUCAAACCUCACUGGAUGUUCGCCAUGGAUAACAUCAUCCGCCGAGCUGUGCAGGCCGCCAUUACCAUUCUCAUUCCAGAGCUGCAGACACACUUUGGCCCGGCAUCCGAGUGCGAGGGCGCCGAGAAGGAGGACGAAGUGGACGAAGAGGAGGUCGAGUUCGGCCCCGUGUUGGCGCCGGUCGCCGACGACACCGGGGCGUCCGCCGACCCGGCUGCCUCUGCCGUCACCGCGCUCCACUCGGCCCACUCCCACGAGCACCAGCGCUCCCACCACCAGCUGGGGGCUCAGCUCGGACGCCUCAAGCAGGAGACCAACAGGCUGCUGGAGGACCUGCUGCAGAAGGAAAAGGAGUACCAGCAGGUCCUGAAGGCCACGCUGCAGCAGCGAACGCACGACCUGGAGCUGGUCCGGGUCCGACACAGACCAGCAGAUAUUUCACCGCCAUCCAUCUUCCACAUUCCGGCAGACCACGAGCCUGAUAAGCAGCUUACUGAUUGGCUAAAGGAGCAGGGUGCGGACCCUGACACGAUUGACAAGUUUGUGCUUGAAGAAUACACGCUGACGGACGUCCUAAGUGACGUCACCAAAGACGACCUGCGCUGUUUACGCCUCAGGGGCGGAGUCCUAUGCCGAAUCUGGCGGGCCAUUCAAAGGCACCGGGAGCGAGAGAGGCUGAGGGGCGGCGAGCGUUCGGAUGACGACGUGUGACGUUCUUUCUGCCAAAACGCCAUUGUGCCUUUUUCUCUCCUUACUGCCUUUUCAUUAACUAACGGUGCAGCCACUACUCUCCCUUGCGUCGCACAUUUGCAGCACUCACAAUUAAAGAAAGAUAAAUAACCUAUUGACCCAAAUAUAGGACAACCCAGAAUAAAUACAACGAUCGUGGUAUAACAGGACAUUGAGUAUAAACAACCAUGCUAUGUAAGAUGACCCUGAAUACAAGAGGACUGAACUAUAAACCAAAAAUGAUAUAAGACAACCCAGAUAUAAGGGGACCCCGAUCCAAGACGAUUCUGAACGUAAGACUGAAAAUGUAAGACAACCCCGAUAUAAAACAUUCCACGUAUGAGACAACAAAGAUUAAGUCUCCCCAGGUAGAAGAUGACACCCAUAUAGGACAAGACUGAAUAUAUGACAACCCCAAAUGUAAGAUGACCCAGGUAUAAGAUGACCCCGAUACAAUAAGAUUCGGCUUUAAGACGAGAUUGAAUGUAAGACAACCACAAAUGUGGGACAACCCUGAUAUAAGACCUCCGAGAUAUACGACCCAAAUAUAUGACAGGACGACCCUGAUGUAAGACAAAACCAAUAUAAGAAAAGGUUUAAUAUAACACCCUCCUACAAGACAAGACUGAAUGGAACACAACCCUGAAUAUAAAACGACACCAGUAUAAGGCAUGCUUGCUGCAAGACGACCCUGCUAGAAGACAAGACUGAAUAUAACACAUCCUUGAACAUAAGAUGAUUCUGAUACAAGAUAAGAAUAUAAGACAGCCCUGAAUAUAAGACAACAAAAACCCUAAUACACACUUGAUAUAAGACAACCCCUAAAAUAUGAAUUGAUUCUGAUAUAAGCCAACCCAGAAUAUAAGACAACGCCAGUAUAAGACACGCUUGACAUAAGACGACCGUGAUGUAAGACGAUCAAAAUAUAUUCCAUGCUUGAUAUAAGAAGACCCCUGAUAUUAAACAACCCUGUAAUAAGACAAUACUGAGAAUACAACAACUCUGAAUAUAAGAUAAUUCUGAUGUAAGACAAGUUUGAUAUAAAACAACACCAAUAUAUUACACACUUGACAUAAGACAACCCCUGAUGUUAAACAACCCUGCUAUAAGACAAGACUGAGAAUAAGACAACACCAAAUGUAGGAUAAUUCUGAUAUAAGAUGACCCUGGAUAUAAGACAAGCUUGAUAUAAGGCAUCCCUAAUGUAAGCAAAUCCCAAUAUAAUACACGCUUGAUAAAAGAUGACCCUUGAAAUUAGAUUACCCUGCUAUAAGACUUGACUGAAUAUAAGACAACACCAAUAUAAGACGAGCUUGAUAUCAGACAGCCCCUGAUAUUAAAACGACCUUGCUAUAAGACAAGACUAAAAAUAAGACAACACUGAAUUCAAGAUCACUCUGAUAUAAGACGACCCUGGAUAUAAGACAAGCGUGAUAUAAGACAACCCUAAUGUAAACAAAUCCCAAUAUAAUACACUC